AUGAAAUCUAUUUUGCCUCCUAACGUCUUUGAUUCUUUUGCAGAUUAUUUUGAAGAGCCAAGAACCGGAACGUGUCCGAGAUUUGAAGCUGAGAAAGAAGCAGUUGAGGAGGUGAUCGACGUUUCCAAAGUGAUGACUGAAGAAGCUCUAAAGGAGAUUGCAGAUAAAGCAUUGAUGAGCAAGUUGAAAGAGGUAGACACAGAUUUCCAGGAGUCAGUUGAUAAGAUGUCAGGUCUAGGAGAGGAAACUGGAGUAAUAGAGGUCAACGUGGUCAAGUCGUCUGAGUUGGAGUCAAAUCUUGUUGGUAAAAUUGUUUGUGAGGAUGAGAUUAUAGUUGAAAAAGUUUCAAUCCCCGAUACAGCGUGUCUAAGUUGUUCACAACCAUGGACGGGGUGUCUUGAAAAAGACACCAAGUAUCAGGAAUUAAAACAACAUACAGAUUUGGUGAAGUUUGACUUAGAGCAAGUAAAAGAGGCUUACGACACAUUGUCUAGGUCAAUAAAAAUGAUCCAAAAAGAGAGUCUUGAAAAUGAUAAAGCAACAAAGUUGGCACAAUCAACUUUAUUUGAUAAACAACGAGAAGUCAACUUUCAUUUAGAUACGAUCGCAUCUUUGAGAAAAGAGCUUGAGUUGACUAAAAUUGAAAAUGAUAGAAUUGAUCAGAAAUUGACGAGUUAUGUGGCAUCAUCGUAUGUGUUAGAACAAAUAGUGCCACAACAUCCACAUGCUUCACCUGUCUACAACAGUGUGUUGGACGAGGAUAGUGAGAAAUCUGAGAAGGCAAAAUCAGUGGAGUCCGGUAGUGAUUCUGAGGAGGACGGAAACUUUUUAGAUCGUUAUUUGACAAAAACGGAUAAAAGUGCGGAUGAUGAUUCAAUUAUGGUGGUUUACACUAUGGUUGGAUCUGACAAACUUUACUCCAACACCGAGUUUCCGAUUCAGAAUGUUAAAUUUGAGAAUGUUCAGAAAAUGUUUAAGCUGAUUGAGCUGAGCGUAAAUGAGUUAAAGAAAAAUGAUUUCUUUUCAAAACUGAAUAAGUCAGUUGGUUCGUCACGUCCUACUAGUCCAGAAAAGGCCAUGAACGACUUCAAUGCAGCGCAAAAGCUAAAAGUGGAAACUGUCACAACCACUUUUGUAGAAUAUGAUAAGCGUGUGUGUUAUCGCUGCAAUGAAGUUGGCCAUGUGGCGAAGCAGUGUAAGAAAGUGAUUGAAAAACCGGUUGUGGUAAAAGCUGUUAAUAAACAGAAGGUUGAAAAACCUAAGGCAUCGCCAAACGUGUUAUUUGAUCCAGUACACAACAGUUUUAUUGAUUUAGAUGUGGAGAAAUGUCCUUUAUUGUCAGAGUUCAGCAGCAUUUUGGAUUAUAUGAAUCGUAUUCCAGUGAAGAAAGCAAUGAUUGACCAAAGACCAUUGUAUAGAUCACAUAUUAGUCGAUUUUGGACAAACGCAAAGUAUGAUGAGGAAAGCAAGGUGAUAUCAUCAGUAGUGGAAGUGGAUGGAAAGUUGGAGACAAUUUUGGUGACUGAAGCCUUAGUUCGUGAAGUUAUGAAUUUUCCUGAUGAGGCCAACUACCCCACAAGAUUUUCGGAACGUAUGGUGAAGGGUUGUAUGCUGCGUUUAGGAUACAGAAAUACUUUGAACACCGGAAACUAUUUGAAGUCGAAAUUUCAAAAAUCUUUCAAGUUCUUGAUCCAUUGUAUUCUGAUUUCAUUGAGCCACACAAAGGGCAGUUUCGAUCAGAUGAGAGAUUACCAAAUGAACAUGUUAACAGCGUUGGUGUUGAAUAAGAAAUACAAUUUUUCGCACAUAGUUUUUCAUUAUAUGGUGGAGAAUCUCACGUCGGAUGUUAGAACCUGGAGAUAUCCGCGUUUUGUACAAAUGAUGAUUGAUCGUGCAUACCCUAGAAUUGAUAGAAACAUUAAGGGUGAUCUUCUUGUUCAAGCUCACAUGUCUAACAACACUUUAAAGAAUCUGGUCAAGUAUCAUCCUAAUCAUCCAGAGCCUGAUCUAGUGAUUGAAAACUUUGGAUUGCUUAGAGAUGCGAAUUAUGUGGAUCCUGAUCCGGAAAAUCAUCAGAAUUGGAGAAAUCAAGAAGAAAUGAAAGAGGCGUUGUAUGCUGUAGAGUUGAAAAUACUUCAGAGUUUCAAACUAACCAAGAACGAGUGGUAUGUAAAGGAGUCGGGGCGUAGACGUAGAUUUGCAACUCCUGUAGCUGAAGGUGAAGGUUCUUCGUCAAAACCGAAGAAGAUACAAAAGAAGAAAAAGCAAACAAUGUUAGUUGAUGAAUCUGAUGAAGAAAUUCCUGAGUUGAAUGUUGAAAAUGAACAAGAGACGACUGGAGCUGAAAACAUUGUAAUUGAGACAGAUUUGUUUACAACAGAAGCGUAUUUUGUUGAUAAUGUUGUGGAAACGGGUACUUCUGAUGUUCAAAAUGAAAAAGAGAAGGAGUUAGAUGAUGUUGAAGGUGACGACGUUGAUAAAGAUACUACUAGUUCUUCUAGUUCGUCUGAUUAUGAAGUGAUUGAUGCAAAAGAACGUGAAAGACGAAUGAGAGAAGAAGUAGAACAAGAGAGGUUGAUUAGAAAGAGAAAGAGGGAAGAGAAAGAAGAUGCACCUUAUGAACCCUCUCCGGAGCAUGUUUCAGUGUCACAAUCUUCUCCGAAGGGUAAAAAGAAAGCUACUAGUCGAAAGAGAACUACACCAAAGAUCAAAGUGUCGAAGCGCCCUCAGAAGAUCAGACAGCCUACUCCACAACGACAACCAUCUCCUCUGUUUCAAUCAACACCACCUCCACAUCAACCAUAUUAUUCUUCACAAGAUCUCUUUGGCACACCUCCACUCACCCAAGCACAACCUGGUUCUUCAAGUAGAGGCCUUCCGAUACCACAAGAUAAUCUGCUACACGUUGAUUUCGACUUUGCAAACAAUUCUCAAGUAUUGAAAUUGGAAAAGAGAAUUGAUGAUGUGAUAGCAGAAAAUAAAAAGUUGGCGGCUGAAUGCAAAAAGAUUGCUGAUAGAGAAAAAACUCUUGCUGGUAAGGUGCAGAGGUUGGAGGGUGAAAACAAAGUGUUGACACUGAAAAUUGAAGUUGAUCAGACAGAAAUCGACGUUCUGAAAGUUCGAGUGUCUGAAUUAGAAGAAGAGAAGAAUCGUCGAGAAAGUGAAAAUGAGUACUAUAAGUUGAAGAAUAAAGAACUUAUGGCUGCUAAAGCGCUACAUGAACAUAAGUUCUACAUGCUGAAUAGAGUUGUGGAAAGUAUGCUAGAGACAUCAGUGGAACAGAAAUAUGAAGAGUUGAAGUUAGAAGACCUUCGUGCAGAACGUAAAGCAGAAUUAGAAAGGCAGAUGAAAGAUAAGGGUAAAGGGGUGGAAGGAAGUUCUGUAAUGUCUAUUGUACCUUCAAUGGUAAUAGAUAAUCCUGAGCCUAUAUCUGCAGUUCCUGGUAUAGUCGAAGAAGAAUCACCAACGCCUAAGUUAAUUGGUGGAGGUUCAGGUGUUAGAGUAACUGAAACUUCAAAUGAAAAAGUCGUUGAAGAUCUGCUAAACGACACAGUCAAUGAAGAAAGUGGUGAAGCUGAGAGAAAGGGGGAGUCGAGUAAGACUCAGAUUGUAGAACAUCAUGAACCUUUGUUCUUACGUUUAGAUGUGUAUAGGGAAAUGUUAAAAGAUGUAAAUCCCGAGAUUCCAAUUGAUCUUGAAGCUGAUUUGGAAUCGUUUGAUAUCAAUAAACAGCAAGACUAUAAGUAUGAUUAUGUUGAGGAUGCUGAUAUCUACGAUAGAGUUGAGGUUGAAGAGUGUUCGGAUAAUGAAGAGGUUUCUGAAGAUACUUCUAAACUUCCAACGUUAAUGGAGUUCUUUGCUGCUGAAAAUAGAGAUGAAUUAUGUCAGAAAGUGACUGAAGCAGUGAAUGAUAAUGUGUUUGAAUGUUUGAGGAAAGAAGCUGAGCAGAAAGAUCAAUCUAAUGCUGAUAAAGAAGAUCAAUCGAAAGCUGAAGAAAUUGAUCGUUCUAAAUGGUUUAAAGAUUCUCAUGAAAGAAAAUUCAAGAGGCCGCUGAAGUUCUUCCAACGUGAUAGAAAUGUUUCGCUUGGCGAUAUUAUUAGUUGGGGUUUUCUUCCACAGGUCAACGCUUAUGCUAUUAGAAGAGAAUAUGGCGUCCAGUAUUUUGCACAUUUAUAUGAUAUAAUGUCACUACCGUGGUGGGACGUUGAUGAAUUAGCAAAAGUGAGGGUCUUGGAGUACAAGGUGAGACAGAAUGAUACCGCGAUGUGGGGCUACAUCAAGUAUGAACAAUUGAAGUCGUUUCGAAAGUGGAAGCCUCAUCGUCCAAGACGUGUUCAGAGAAUUGAUCCGGAAACUGGAGCUGUAGAAGUCAUUCUGAAUGUGAAACCUCCACGUACAAUGAAGACAAUUCCGAUGCCAUAA